AUCACGAUGUCCUCCGCGAUCACACUCAAUUUUCCUAAGCGCGUGCGGAUAGCUGGCGAGCAACUUACUGGGACCGUUGAUAUCAACGUCCUGAACGCGCAAGAAGAAGACAUCGAGCAUGUGAAGAUUAAGUUCAGGGGCGCGGUUCAGACGUAUACCGAACGUAGCUCAGGUCAAUCGACAAGUACAUACCGUGCCAACAUCCCUCUCAUACGUGAAGACAUCCCCCUAUGGACGCGCGGUCAAGCGUUUCCAGCCCCAGGCAGCCAUGUUUUGACCUUUCCAUUCAAGUUCCAGCUUCCAACCGACCUCCCGCCUUCGUUCCACGCUCAACGCGUGAGCAAGCGCGCGAACGUCACGUACUUCAUCGAGGUCGUCGGUGCCCGGGAGGGAAUACUGCACUUAAACCGACGUGUCCGCGCGGUCAUCGCCGUCAUACCUGCGGGAUGGCCGAUGUAUGUGCAGCUCCGCCAGGCCCUGAUGGAUGGACCACCGGACGGGUCCAAUAUCGGAUGGAAGACGCAUACCCUCUCGGACUCCAUACGGACGGGAAUAUGGGGGGAGUACUCGCAGGUUACCGCAAACCUGCGUUUACCAGACAUCCCCGCUUUCCCUUUCGGAACGCCCAUACGCGUCCACUUGGACGUCACCACCGUGACCAAACCACUGAAACCGUCGGACGUACCUGACGAAGGAGAUGAUAAGCCGUUGUUCCCCGCUCCUCCGAUCGACCCUAGCUCGGUUACCCUCCGCGUCGAUAUGACGGCGAAAAUGAAAAGCGGGCUCAGUCGGACCAUCACGGACACGAUCAUCGACCACGGCGGUCCGAUCGGCGGGUUUGGACUGCCAGGCCCGUAUGGCCCUCACGUUCGAUAUUGGCAAGAAAAGCCGAUAUGGACGACCACGACGUUGGAGCCCAAGCGCAAGAAACUCUUCGGGCGAGAGAAAGAGGGCGAAGAGCGGCGGAUCUGCACGCGUACGACGCACUUCGAGACGAUCAUCGACCUGAAGUGUUCUCCUUCGUUUCAAACCGACAUCAUCACGACGUCGCAUACACUCCAUCUAUGCGUCCCGUUCCCUGGUAUCGGCAACGAUCUGAAGUGCGACAUUCCUAUCAGUAUCGUCUCGGGGGUUCCGCCUCCGUCGAUUCCAUCACCGGCAAAUGUUCCACGUCCAGACACAAGGGAGCCGGACCGCCCCACUGAGGAUGAAGACAGGCACGACUCACCACCGGACUUCGAGACGGCGCUGACGAUGGACUUGCCUCCUGCGUACUGGACGGCUGAGCACCAUGAUUUUGGCGCGGACGACAAGAGCUAGUGGACGGUAACCGCGAUUCUUGCGGGUACCUUCGCAGUUAUGCUCUUGCCCUCUUCAGCACAUCUAUCGGGAGUAGUUGCGGUUACUUUCGACCUGGCAAAAGCGGGUAUCCACGCACGGGUGGCGAGAUUCAAUACUCCCGGGUGAUCACUCUGGCAUCUUGCGAAACAACGCCUUGCAAAGCCAGAUAUCCUUUGGCGCGGCUGAUCAGUGAUGGUGGUGUUUUGGUAUUGGGUCAAUGCCAUGGUAACUGGUUGUAUACCCCCAAUUCUUCCCAUCCAGGGAAUCGGAGAUUGCGUCCAUAAGGGAUAGAAAAC